UGACACAAAAUGACAGCAGUUGCAAUAGCACCCUUGAGUUGAUGUAAAAACCUGGAUCGGAAAAACGGGGUCGGAGUGUGUUGUUUUUUCGCGUGUUCCGGACUCGUGGUCGGUUUCUGUUUGACCGGAAGUGGACGACGGUAUUGUAAACAUUCGCAAACAUGGACAGUGAGGAAGAUGUGCUAAAAUAAAUGUACUGCAGCAAAUAGCGUGUGGCGAAGAAUCUUGUGCAAACUAUGCAUGUGGUUCGGUGGAUGUUGUUGACUCGUUUCAGCCGUGUGCAUUUGAGGGGUUUUCUGGUGUAAAUCCUGGUGUGUAACUUCCUGGGAUGCCAUCGUGCACCUCACCAAGACUGUUCUGCAACAAGAUAUACUAGCAUGACGACGUUAAACUGAUAGUCCCUCGAAACAUCCCCAUGGCUGUGAUAGUACAUUAAAACGCACUUUCGAAACAACAAGAGAAAACCGAACGACAACAAUAGCAGGGCUACUUCCUUCCGGUACAGCUGAGUAGUUCCCGCUUGCAUACGAUCUGUGGCCACUUGCCCAGCAUCCAACAGGGUGGAAUUUGACAACAAAACAAAAAAAGAAACAAAAUUUUCCAUCGUUCAUCGUAGCAGCUCAAUCGACAGUCGUCCCGAUGUCACAGCAGGCGCUGGAAAGUACGGGUGUGAAAAUUUCCAACUGCUCGAAACCGUUCGCCUGCACCGAAUGCAACAAAUUGUUUCGCCAACUGAGCACACUAACCAACCACAUGAAAAUACACACCGGCGAAAAACCGUACAAGUGCACGAUCUGUCUGAAGGAGUUUCGCCAAACGACUACACUAUCGAAUCAUAUGAAAAUUCAUACAGGUGAAAAACCCUUUAGUUGUAACUUUUGUGACAAACAGUUCCGGCAGCUAAGUACCCUGUCCAACCACAAGAAAAUACACACCGGCGAAAAACCGUUCGAAUGUUCGGUUUGCGGCAAACAGUUCCGUCAAUCCAGCACGCUCAACAGUCACAUCCGGAUUCAUUCGGAUGAUAAAUUUUGCAUAAAACCCUUCAAAUGCAGCAUCUGUCCGAAGGAGUUCCGCCAGACGACGACCCUAGCGAAUCAUAUAAAAAUUCACACUGGUGAAAAACCGUACGCAUGCACGUACUGCAGCAAAACGUUUCGCCAAACGGGAACGCUUUCGAACCAUCUGAAGAUUCACACCGGCGAAAAGCCGUUCGAGUGUUCGGUUUGCGGUAAACAGUUCCGGCAGUCCAGUACCUUGAACAGCCACAUUCGCAUCCAUGCGGACGAUAAGUAUUGCAAACCUUCACAAACGGAACAGCAGCGGUCCAUUGUGACGAUAAACGGUGGGCUUAAUUUAAAAGAUGAGGACGUCAAACCGUUCUUUGCCAUGAUGUAACAUAAUAGCGCGGAUAACUUGUUUCUUGUUCCAACUGACUCUACUACAAGCCAAGAGAACUGCAGGAGAUAGCAAACGACAUAAAAUAGCGAGAAAGCAGUAAAGAGAGGGAGAUAGAGAGAGAGAGAGAGAGCACAUUCAAAUAUUGAAUUUGUGCAGGAUAACCCGCACGCCGGAUUGUACGCUGAUUGCUUUAAAUUAUUUUUCUCCAACAUGCACCGAUUGUCGCCGGAUGAUAGACGACGACACCGGUGCUGCAGCAGAAGCACAGGAGCUUACCGUUAAUAAAUUGUUGCAAUUUAAGUUAUAAUAACUUUAUCGGUUUCGUACCGAAAUGGCAGAAGCGCGGUAAAACGGUCAGCACGAUCAGGGCUUUUGAAUGCGUGUUAGUGGCUGCCGCUCCAAUUUCCGGGGCGUACCUUUUGCGUUCGUUUCGUUUAUUUGUUUUAAUGGUAGAAGAAAAGCAAUUUCAUAAUUUAUUACCGUUAAUAGCCGCAUCGAUAGUAAUCUUCGCCGGUAUCAUCCCUGUCCUUUCGUAUUCGGUUUUUAUUAAUGUUAUUUAUUUCUGCACAUCCUAUUCCGGCAGCAUAUUUGCGCUGCCCGAAAAAAGGGGUUUUUGCAUUGUAGAAGCCAGCGAAACCGAGGCUUAGCAUACAAAGAGGGAGUGCGCGUCGAUCCGUGGCACUAUAAAUAAGUGUAAAAGCAACAGGCAAAAGCGGUGGACGAAACAAAGGCAAAAAAAAACAAAAAACAAAAUCACGUUCACUUUACCAGGUUUUGUAGCGUAGGGUGUAAAACGGGUGAGGGAGAGAGGGUGCUUCUGGUUGAUGGCAUAAAAAUUGCAAUUAUUGUAUGUUGCAGCCAACAACAAGCCGUACGCGUAUUCUUUCACCUGUAAUCUUUUUUUUUCGUGUGUGUUCGAACGACUGUUAGAUUGUAAAAGUACUCCAAACGAGAGUAGAAUUGAUUGAGGCGUCAUUCGCUUGGAGAAUUUUCGAUAACUGGUAGACAAAUACGGAACUAGUGUUGAAUGUAAAUUUAAAAAACCAGAUAAAAAUUCAUGAACGAUUGGGCAAAACAUUCAGUAACCGUAAACAAGCAGAAUUUACUAAAUGUAUCCGUUUUUUCUUGGAAUGUCAUAAUUUUACUAAGAUAUGUACAGACUGUCCGCACAAUCGGCCGAGCGGUGUGAAUAAAUGGGAAAGGAAGGAAAGGAAAGGAAAAAAAGGGUAAUGCAAAAUAUCAUUACUGCGAUGGUGAAAUAUCAUUACAGGGCCAUAGUGAACAUAGUAUCAGACAAAUUGCAGGAUCGAAAGCAAAACCCCGUUGGCGAGUGGUAGGUUCUGAGCGAAACGAUGAUGAUGGGUGUAGCAACUAAUGUGAUGGAACGAAUCAUUGUGUAAUAAAACGUAACAGAAGACCUACAUCUGUUGUGAACAGAACGUAAUCAGAUCAAGCUAA